AUGAACUCAAUUAUAGAUUAUUGUUAUAUUAGAUUUUAGUUCGUUAAGACCACCAAGACAUCCUUAAGGCGAAAAUUAAAUGGAAUUGCAUAGGUAAAUAAAUUGAAAUAGGAAAGAACUUAGAAGCCUCUUCUCUAAAAACGCUAUAAAGUCACAGCAGAUGAGACUGAUUCGAGAAUUCACAAGAUCUCAUUACCCUCAUUAACCAAAUUUCGAAAAACAGAAUUUAAUCCAGUAGAGAAUAGUAAUUAUUCAAUUCAGUUAGUUGCACAACCUAUAUCCAUUCUGAAUCAAGGCAAUGGAUUAAGAAUUCCCAAUCGGUUACCUAAACUCUAAAGUAAAAAUGAUAUAUCCAAAUCCAAAUAUGACAUUCAAUUCAACCAAACUCCAAGGGACGAAGACCUGAAGCCAAAACAGAAGUAGAAGAAAACUUCAUUCACUCCUGAAUAAAGAAUUUCAGAAAGUCCUGAAAAGACCAGCUCUUAUAGUAAAAAGAAGGGAGGAGCAAAAUAAUGGCAAGGAUUGAAAUUUGUCCAUAAAACUAAGGCUGGCUGUUAGGUUAAUAAAUAGACAAAGACUAAUCAAGAUGCAGCCAUUGUAUUUCCAUCAAAUAUAGAGAGUUAAAAUUAUGGAUUAGUUGGGAUUUGUGAUGGACAUGGAGUGAAUGGUCAUUUCGUUUCAGAUCUUAUCAAAUAAAGAUUACCAAGUAAAAUAUUAAACUCAAACCUAGUCUAUUUGGAAUUCCAAUUAUAAUCCCAAAACCCAGAUAUGGAGGAAUGCUUUAGAAAUGCUUUUGAAUUAACGAAUUCGGAGAUUCUUUAAAGUGAAUUUGACACAGCCUUGUCUGGAUCAACGACAGUCAUAGCUCUGAUCCAAUAAAAUUAGUUAUGGACAGCCAAUGUUGGUGAUUCGAGGGCUAUAUUGUGUAGAAAUUCCAAUGGUUGGAGAGCAAUUCCACUAACUAGAGAUCACAAACCAUCAGAUGAAGCUGAGAAGUAAAGAAUUCUUUAAGCUGGCGGGAGAAUCCAAAAUUUCUUUGGGAAUAGUGUAGGCCCAGAGAGAGUUUGGCUUUCGUAUGUAGAUGCUCCAGGAUUGGCCAUGACUCGCAGUAUGGGGGAUAAAAUAGGAGCACAGGCUGGGGUUAGUAGUGUUCCUGAAGUAUUUCAAUUCACUUUAUAACAUAAUGAUAAGUUCCUCAUCAUUGCUUCUGAUGGAGUAUGGGAAUAUUUGUCAAAUGAAGAUGUCAUGAAUAUCGUAAUUCCUUAUUAUGAGAAGGGAGAACUUGAUUAGGCAGGAGAGAAACUAAUGAUGGAAGCCAUUCACUCUUGGAAGAAGAACAGUCCUGCGAGAGAUGAUAUAACUUUUAUUAUUGUUUAAUUAAAUAAUUGA